GUGCUUGUGGGUGGUGUCAAGUCUGUGGUGGUGUCUAUUAGGUAGGGUGUGAUUGGUUUUUGGAUAUUUAUGAGUCAUCAACCUCCAGUAUUUUGUAUUCCAAACAACAAAAAUGUCGAAAGCCAAAAAAGUAAUAGAAGAAGCUAAGGAAAUCAAUAACCCAGAGAUUGAUUUGGUUGACAAAGGUAUAACUAACCUCGAGGAGGUCCCAGGAUUGUUUAAUUUGGCCAACAUAACCCGUUUAUCAUUAAGUCAUAACAAGAUACAUACAGUUCCAGCUGCUCUAGCCAAUUUGAUGAAUUUGGAGAUUUUGAACCUUGCCAAUAAUCAUAUAGAAGAAUUACCUCUAAGCUUAUCAUCCCUGCCAAAGCUCCGUAUCUUGAAUGUGUCUCUCAACAGAUUGUAUAGUCUGCCUAGAGGAUUCGGAGCCUUUCCAGUUUUGGAGAUACUUGACUUGACUUAUAAUAAUCUCAAUGAGAGAACGCUCCCAGGCAAUUUUUUCAUGAUGGAAAGCCUACGAGCAUUGUAUUUGGGUGACAAUGAUUUUGAAUAUUUACCACCAGAAAUUGGUAACUUGAAGAACCUACAAAUUUUGUCUUUACGUGAGAACGACCUAAUAGAGUUGCCGCGGGAGGUGGGUCAACUCACACGCCUACGCGAGCUACAUCUGCAAGCCAACCGUCUAGUAGUGCUGCCACCGGAGAUAGGUAGUUUAGACUUGGCGAGCAACAAGGCAGUGUUACGGCUGGAGGCGAAUUUUUGGGUGCCGCCCAUCGAAGAUCAACUGAAGCUCGGCCCCUCACAUGUACUUGACUACCUCCGCUCGGAGACAUAUCGCGUGUUGUAUAGCCGUCAUAUGUCUGCGAAGCCGCCUACGCCUGGAGAAGUGCGAGAUAAGAGCAAGAAAGCAAGCCGAGCAAAGUCUUAACAAACAUUUACACAGACUUGAAAUGUGCCAUAACAUACUAACAAAAGUGUAUCUUGGAUAAUUCUUAACUUAUGUUUGACAAUCGACACGUAGCUGUUUAAACACUGCCAUAUAACGAGACAAGUCUAUUUUGGGUUACCAGAUUUUUAUAUGUGAAUCUCCGGUAAGAUCUUUUUCAUGGCAUUCUUGGUAUUUAUCCGUCAAAAGGAAACGCAAAUAAUAUAUUUUUUUUUAAUAUGACGGUUAAUAUAUUUAAUGUUAUCUGUAAAUUAUAUUUCCUUUUCUGAUAACCUUACCAAAUUGGACCAUUGAUUAGACCGUUUACUUCAAUAAAGUUUCAACUUCUGUAUGAAUGUAAUAGGACGUAAAUGAAAAUUCCAUUAUGAAACAAACAAAUCUUGUAUUAAAUAAAAAAUGACUUGAGUUAUCCGACCGCCGACAAUAAGUG